AUGCCGGCUUGGUGGAGGGGGAAACUGAAAUCCGGCACGAGUUCGAGCUCCAGCGCGAGGAGGAAAGAGGAGGAGGCGCCGCCGCCGGAGGUUAAGAGGGCGGGCAGCUCGCCGAACAAGAAGGAGAAGGCGUGGAGCUUCGACGAGGCCGCAAUCAGAGGCAACUCCAGAUGGCUAGGGGAUCGAUCCCUGUUUGCUUUCGAUUCGGACAGCGAAAAGAAGCGGCACCCUCUCCCUCCGCCGCUGAUCUCCCUCUCGCCUUCGCGACCGCAGGGUCCAGGCGCGGCGGCCGGGUCGGGUUCGGGUUCCGCAUCUGUUUCGAGCGUCAGCUCGUCGGGUACCGAUGAUGCCGCGGAUGUGGGAUUUUCCCGGUACGGCCCCUUCCUUGGGUGGAAUUAUUCUUUCAAUUCUCUUUUAGGUUUGUGAUUGUCUUCUUUGUAUUUAUUUGACUUGAUCGAAUUAUAAUUACUAUUCGCGCUGCGUAGAUGCGUGCCCUUAUGAUUAUUGACUUGUGGAAGGUCCCUUCUACACUUGCCAGUUCAUGGCUAAUUAUUGUUGAAUAAUUUUGACAGUCGUGACAACUCUCAAAUUUUGUGCGCAUCAUUAGUUUAUGCCGGUACAGCUCCCCUGUAAUUGUGCGCCCGAUCACAUAAGUUAACCUUCAGUCUUGUGAAAACGUGUGAAUUGGGUCCGAUCCAAGGGGAGUGGUUCGGGGACUCCUGGAUAUUUUUUAGAAGCUAAGUUUCAUUUGAUAUUCCAUUCUACUUCCUCUUGAAGAGCGGUUAUUUUCUUCUUCUUUUUUUGAGAAAAAUGAAUUUAAAUUAUCGUGCCUUUGGACUCAAAGCAGAUGUAUCUUCAGUAUUUUCUCUGUGCUUGUGUGAAUUUGUGAACAGAUACAUGACUUGCCGUUGACCUAUUACCUGCAAUUUACGGUAUCUGGAUAUAUUUCUGUCUUUCUUUACAAUUUUUUCACGUGGAUGGUAUGCUAUAGCAGGAAAUCUGUGAGGUGAAUUUCACGGGAUGAUCUUAUGGUUUCAUGUUUUUGAUAAUGUAGGAUUUCAGAACCUUUGAGUAUACCAAAGAGGAGAAGUUCGAUGCCCGACUCUCAGGGACAGCAGCAUGUAGUGGAGGAAAGAGGCCUCCCGUCAAGUUGCCCAGUUUCGGAAUUUGAAAAAUUCAAUGACCUGUCUAUUUCUCCAAGAAAACAAUUCCAGUUGAGCAGUCCCCAUGCUUCUUCAAAUGGAAACGGGAAUUCCUAUUGCAGAACUUCUAUGGAGACGACAUCUAGUGUUAGACCAAGAAGUCCCACCAAUGGAUCAAGAGGCUACAAUAUUUCUACAUCUCCAAGGCACCCAACUGUAUUUUCUAUAAAUCCAGGAUCUCCAACUGGGUAUCGAGAUGAUUUGAAGAGUUCUCAUCCGCUACCCCUUCCCCCUGGCUCUCCUACAUCAUCAUCAUCAUCAUCACGCGCUCUUCAACCAAAAUGGAAGAAGGGAAGGCUUCUAGGAAAGGGAACUUUUGGACAUGUCUUCCUGGGGUUCAAUAGGUAUCUGCUCUUCCUAUUUCUCGGGUACUCUAUGUAUAGAAUUUCUCUUGGAUAUUGCUUAUGAAAGGUUUUUAUUUGCUUAAAUUAGUUAAUCUGGGUAUGUGUAACUGCCAGAUACAUUUAAUGGUUGACUAGUUGAAAACAUGUACUUGAAUUAUUUUUUAAAGGUAUUUUUUUUGCAUAUCCGUGACCUUUUUAUUUUUAUUUUUUAUCAGUGAAGGUGGACAGAUGUGUGCCAUAAAAGAGGUCAAAGUCAUUUCUGACGAUAAAGAUUCCAAAGAAAGUUUGAAACAACUAUCUCAGGUCUGCUUACAUCCGGAUUCGCCAAAAAAACUUGCUUCUGUGUGGUUUCCUCUUGAUUGCAUGCACGUCUCAUAAUAACGAGUGUGCCUUUCAAAUGCUCAUCAAACAAAGGAGAUGUUGUUGAGACACAAUUCUCUCUUGUGAACAGGAAAUAUCUUUGCUCAGCCAGCUCUCGCAUCCAAACAUUGUUCAAUACUAUGGAAGUGAACUGGUGAGUUUCACAUCUUAGAUAUCUUCUAUCCUGAAACUUGGCCCGUUCAACUUUAUGAGAACCUUCCUAAGUUUGCAUUUAUUUACUUUUUAUUGACGCCCACGUAAUAAAUAACCUAGAUAUUCAUACAAAAGCGGAACAAGGGCUCUUUGAUUCCAAUUUGGCUCCGUGGACGAUGAUUUUCCUCAUCUAGAUAAACAUAAAGAGACCAUGCAAGAAUUACUUGGUAAUCGUUUUUAAACUUCCUGUACAGGAUGAAGAUACACUUUCAGUCUAUCUUGAGUAUGUUUCUGGUGGCUCCAUUUAUAAACUGCUUCGAGAGUAUGGCCCUUUCAGUGAGCCUGUCAUUCGAAGUUAUGCCGCUCAGAUUCUUUCUGGAUUGGCAUAUUUACACGGGAGAGAUACAGUUCACAGGUUUUUUCUUUUUUUCUCAUUUAAAUGGAAUUUUUUAUUUUUAUUUUUCGGCAAACAAUGUCCUGAAAGUGACUUGUCUGACAGAGAUAUUAAAGGUGCCAACAUACUCGUAGAUCCUAAUGGAGUAGUCAAGCUGGCUGAUUUUGGCAUGGCGAAACAUGUACUUACCCCUGAUCUCUUACCUAAAAUCGGUACAUUCGUUAAGAUAUUUUCAGCGGCCUUUGUUUACUUUUUGUAUUAUCUUUCUCAUUCUUAAAUAUUAAUGUGUCCAGGGAUUUCGAUGCUUUUUUCUUUCUUAAGUCGAUUGAGUUGGUGCCUGAAAUUCAUCAAUAUCCGACCGUAUUUGUAAAGAAGGAGAAAAUUAUUGGUUGGCAACGAUAGAAAGAUUUCAACCCAACACUUCUAGUGAGACUGGUUAGGCCUUUUGGUUGAUAUUUCAAUCCCUUAGAAAUUAAAGUAGCAUCCUAUGUAUGAUGGACGUCUGUGGUGACUAAAGGUUUGAGUAAAAGGGUUUUCAUAGCAGGUAUUUCCUCCAAAAAGGGAAAAAAAAUGAUUCUUUUUCAUAGCUGAUUCUCCUAGUAUUUACCUCCCACAUAAUCAAUGAGGUCUGCAUUUGGGGGUAUCUGGCCCCGGGCUGAAUCAUUCUGGGUCUCCUGAAGUGGGAUCUGAAUCAAUGUCACCGAAUGCUGUUUAUAUCUUCUCACAGGUUGUUGUGACAGAGCAUGCCAAUUUUGUAGGGAGAAACAGAGAAUGUGAAUUAAAUCCCUGAUAAGAUGCAAGAUAGAUUAUUUAUUUAGGUCAAAACCAAGCUUUUUGGAACACCCCAACAUCUUUCACAAGUCAGUCAACACUUCCAUUGGCGGUCACAGUUAUAUUACUAUCGGCAGAAGAUCAACACAAAAGAAUAAUACCCAUCUCUCAUCAUCAUCAUCAUCAUCAUCUUCUUCUUCUUCUUCUUCUUCCAAUCUGACGAAGGAAACAUUUUUGGAGUCUACAGUUUUUCUUCUCUCAACUUUAUGAAAUCACUGAACUCGGCCUGACUUUCUUGGACCAGAUAUCCUCGCAUAACUCAAUCCACUCCUUUAAAGGAAGCCCUUACUGGAUGGCCCCCGAGGUACGCUGUUCCUUCUUCCACAAUCUCUCUCUCUCUCUCCUCUCUCUCCUUUCUCUCUCUCUCUCUCUAUAUUUUGUUAUGAGAAGUGCAUGCUCUUCCCUUGUCUAAACCGGAGGCGUGGACAUUCUGCUCAGGUUAUCAUGACGACCAGCGGGUACAAUCUCUCCGUGGACAUAUGGAGUUUUGGGUGCACCAUCAUCGAGAUGGUGACAUCGAAACCCCCCUGGUGCCAAUACGAGGGGGUACGGAUCUCCCUCUGCCCAGAUGCUUGAAUGAUAUGGUAUUUAUCAGCAGCCUAACCAUGGUCUCCUCAGGUGGCGGCGAUAUUCAAGAUCGUGAACAGCAAGGACAUCCCGGAGAUCCCGAGCCACCUGUCCAGGGAAGGGAAGGACUUCCUGAGGCUGUGCCUGCAGCGGGACCCCUCCGCCCGCCCCACCGCCGCCCAGCUGAUGGACCAUCCCUUCGUGCGGGACCAGGCGACUGCCAAGUUCGGGAGGAAGAACCUUGCCCGAGAGCUCCCCCACUCUCCCUCCGACGGAACCCAGACCCCUCCGGUAAGCCUCUCCCUGGAACCAGCGAAGAAGAAGGUCGCGAUUUCGUUUAUGAGUAUGAAGAAGAUGGGCUUUUGUGCAGGGGGCGGAGUUCUGCUACCAGAGGAGCGCGUCGCCGCUGAGCGAGAGGGCCUGCCCGCUGCGGCACACGCUGGGGAGCUUCCCUGUAACGAAGAGCCCCAGGUACGGGCGGGUUGGGUUUUUUUUUCUUUUCUCCCUUUCUGGGGGAGGUUGACUUCGGGCCGGGGCUCAGCGGUUGACUUCCCUCCCGUCUGCAGUGAUCUGGUCAACUCGAGGAUGAACCUGUCGCUGCCGGUCUCCCCCUGCUCAAGCCCGCUGAGAAGCUUCCGGCAGGCCAACUGGAGCUGCCUGCCGUCGCCGCCGCACCCGUCGUUUCCGGGGGCGGCGAUGGGCGGCGGCGGCGGCGGCGGCGGGUUCAACAGCUACUCGAUGAGCCCGGUGGGGGCGGGUAGGAGCUUCCUGGACCCCUGGGUGGACGUCUCAAGCGGGAGGUCCCAGUUUCCCUACGAGUCGCCGAGGCGGUGA